CAGUUGUCGUUUCUCCCUCUCCCGAGCGGCUGUCGCCCAGGUUGGAGCACACUGCCCCGGAAGUCCUCCCCCUGCCCCCGCCCGAGGCAAACAUGGCGGUGGACUCGGCGAUGGAGCUGCUAUUUUUAGAUACUUUUAAGCACCCGAGCGCUGAGCAAAGUUCUCAUAUAGAUGUGGUUCGUUUUCCGUGUGUGGUUUAUAUCAAUGAAGUCCGAGUCAUACCCCCAGGAGUAAGAGCCCAUAGCAGCCUGCCUGACAGUAGAGCAUAUGGGGAGACUUCUCCGCAUACAUUUCAGUUAGAUUUAUUCUUCAACAAUGUAAGCAAACCGAGUGCCCCGGUUUUUGAUAGGUUGGGAAGCCUGGAAUAUGAUGAGAAUACUUCCAUCAUCUUUAGACCCAACUCAAAGGUGAAUACCGAUGGUUUGGUGCUAAGAGGCUGGUAUAACUGUCUGACACUGGCAAUAUAUGGAUCGGUUGAUAGAGUGAUAAGUCAUGAUAGAGACUCUCCACCACCACCACCACCACCUCCACCUCCUCCCCAGCCACAGCCAAAUUUGAAAAGGAAUCCAAAACAUGCUGAUGGGGAAAAAGAAGAUCAGUUUAAUGGAAGCCCUCCAAGACCACAGCCAAGGGGACCAAGAACUCCUCCAGGACCCCCUCCGCCUGAUGAUGAUGAAGAUGAUCCCAUUCCUGUGUCAGUGUCAGGUGACAAGGAAGAGGAUGCUCCUCAUAGAGAAGAUUACUUUGAGCCCAUUUCUCCUGAUCGGAAUUCUGUUCCCCAGGAAGGUCAGUAUUCUGAUGAAGGAGAAGUAGAAGAGGAACAGCAGGAAGAAGGAGAUGAUGAUGAAGAUGAUGUGGAUGUAGAGGAGGAGGAAGAUGAGGAUGAGGACGAUCGUCAUACAGUAGACAGUAUCCCUGAGGAGGAAGAGGAGGAUGAAGAGGAAGAAGGUGAAGAGGAUGAAGAAGGUGAAGGGGAUGAUGGUUAUGAACAAAUUUCCAGUGAUGAAGAUGGAAUUGCUGACUUGGAACGUGAAACAUUUAAGUAUCCAAACUUUGAUGUUGAAUACACUGCUGAAGAUUUAGCUUCAGUUCCUCCUAUGACAUAUGAUCCAUAUGACAGAGAACUUGUACCACUUUUAUAUUUCAGCUGUCCAUACAAGACUACUUUUGAAAUUGAAGUCAGUAGAAUGAAGGAUCAAGGUCCAGAUAAAGAAAAUUCAGGGGCAAUAGAAGCCUCAGUGAAGUUAACUGAAUUGUUAGAUUUGUAUCGGGAAGAUAGAGGUGCAAAAUGGGUAACAGCUUUAGAAGAAAUUCCAAGUUUAAUAAUAAAAGGAUUAAGUUAUUUGCAAUUGAAAAACACAAAACAAGACUCCCUUGUCCAGUUGAUAGACUGGACUAUGCAAGCGUUAAAUUUACAAGUUGCCCUUCGCCAACCCAUUGCCUUAAAUGUCCGUCAGCUCAAAGCUGGGACCAAAUUAGUCUCCUCACUGGCAGAAUGUGGGACUCAAGGUGUCAUGGGACUGCUACAAGCAGGAGUGAUCAGUGGACUAUUUGAGCUCCUAUUUGCUGAUCAUGUCUCAUCUUCCCUUAAGUUAAAUGCUUUUAAAGCUUUGGACAGUGUCAUUAGUAUGACAGAAGGAAUGGAAGCUUUUUUAAGAGGUAGGCAGAAUGAAAAAAGUGGCUAUCAAAAACUUCUGGAGCUCAUACUUUUAGAUCAGACUGUGAGGGUUGUCACAGCUGGUUCAGCUAUCCUUCAGAAAUGCCAUUUCUAUGAAAUCUUGUCAGAAAUUAAAAGACUUGGUGACCAUUUAGCAGAGAAGACUUCAUCUGUUCCUAACCACAGUGAACCUGAUCAUGACACAGAUGCUGGACUGGAGAGAACAAAUCCAGAAUAUGAAAAUGAGGUAGAGGCCUCUAUGGAUAUGGAUCUUUUGGAAUCCUCAAAUAUAAGUGAAGGGGAAAUUGAAAAGCUUAUUAACCUCCUCGAAGAAGUUUUUCAUUUAAUGGAAACGGCACCUCAUACAAUGGUCCAACCUCCUGUUAAGUCUUUCCCAACGAUGGCACGUAUUACUGGACCUCCAGAGAGGGAUGAUCCAUACCCUGUUCUCUUCAGGUAUCUUCACAGUCAUCACUUCUUGGAGUUGGUUACCUUGCUUCUGUCAAUUCCUGUAACAAGUGCUCAUCCUGGUGUGCUGCAGGCCACAAAAGAUGUUUUAAAGUUUCUUGCACAAUCACAAAAAGGUCUUCUUUUUUUUAUGUCGGAAUAUGAAGCAACAAAUUUGUUGAUCAGAGCUCUAUGUCACCUUUAUGAUCAAGAUGAAGACGAAGGUCUGCAAUCUGAUGGUGUUAUUGAUGAUGCAUUUGCCUUGUGGCUACAGGAUUCAACACAGACGUUGCAGUGUAUUACAGAACUGUUCAGCCAUUUUCAGCGUUGUACAGCCAGUGAAGAAACUGACCAUUCUGAUCUCUUGGGAACCCUUCACAAUCUUUAUUUGAUUACUUUUAAUCCUGUGGGAAGGUCAGCUGUUGGCCAUGUUUUCAGUCUUGAGAAAAAUCUCCAAAGUCUUAUUACUUUAAUGGAGUACUAUUCCAAAGAAGCCUUAGGUGACUCCAAGUCUAAGAAGUCAGUAGCUUAUAAUUAUGCAUGUAUACUUAUUUUGGUGGUGGUUCAGUCUUCCAGUGAUGUCCAAAUGCUAGAACAACAUGCAGCAUCUCUCUUGAAGCUUUGUAAAGCAGAUGAAAAUAAUGCUAAAUUGCAAGAACUUGGCAAGUGGCUUGAACCUCUGAAAAACCUUAGAUUUGAAAUAAACUGCAUCCCAACCCUCAUUGAGUAUGUUAAACAGAAUAUUGAUAACUUGAUGACCCCAGAAGGAGUUGGUCUUACCACUGCACUACGUGUUCUCUGUAAUGUGGCAUGCCCACCACCUCCUGUUGAAGGUCAGCAGAAAGACCUGAAAUGGAAUCUUGCUGUAAUUCAGCUUUUUUCUGCUGAAGGAAUGGACACCUUUAUUCGGGUUCUGCAAAAAUUGAACAGUAUUCUGACUCAGCCGUGGAGGCUCCAUGUCAACAUGGGGACUACUCUUCACAGAGUUACUACUAUUUCAAUGGCUCGCUGCACACUCACUCUUCUUAAAACUAUGUUAACGGAACUCUUGAGAGGUGGAUCCUUUGAGUUUAAGGACAUGCGUGUUCCUUCAGCACUUGUUACUUUACACAUGCUCCUGUGCUCUAUCCCCCUCUCAGGUCGUUUGGAUAGUGAUGAACAGAAAAUUCAGAAUGAUAUCAUUGAUAUCUUACUGACUUUUACACAAGGAGUUAAUGAAAAACUCACAAUCUCAGAAGAGACUCUGGCCAAUAAUACUUGGUCUUUAAUGUUAAAAGAAGUUCUUUCUUCAAUCUUGAAGGUUCCUGAAGGAUUUUUUUCUGGACUCAUACUCCUUUCAGAACUGCUGCCUCUUCCAUUGCCCAUGCAAACAACUCAGGUUAUUGAGCCACAUGAUAUAUCAGUGGCACUCAACACCCGAAAAUUGUGGAGCAUGCACCUUCAUGUUCAAGCAAAGUUGCUCCAAGAAAUAGUUCGCUCUUUCUCUGGCGCAACCUGCCAGCCCAUUCAACACAUGUUACGGCGUAUUUGUGUUCAAUUGUGUGACCUUGCCUCACCAACUGCACUUCUGAUAAUGAGAACUGUGUUGGAUUUGAUUGUAGAAGACUUGCAAAGCACUUCAGAAGAUAAAGAAAAACAGUAUUCUAGCCAAACCGCCAGGUUGCUUGCUCUUCUUGAUGCUCUGGCUUCACACAAAGCUUGUAAAUUAGCUACUUUGCAUCUAAUUAAUGGAACUAUUAAAGGUGAUGAAAGAUAUGCAGAGAUAUUUCAAGACCUGUUAGCUUUGGUGCGGUCUCCUGGAGACAGUGUUACUCGCCAACAGUGUGUUGAAUAUAUCACAUCCAUUUUGCAGUCUCUCUGUGAUCAGGACAUUGCACUUAUUUUGCCAAGCUCUUCUGAAAGUUCUGUUUCUGAAGUGGAGCAGCUUUCCAAUUCUCUACCAAACAAGGAAUUGAUGGCCUCAAUCUGUGACUGUCUACUGGCUAUGCUAGCUAACCCUGACAGCAGUUACAACUGUUUACUGACAUGUGUCAGAACAAUGAUGUUUCUUGCAGAGCAUGAUUAUGGAUUGUUUCAUUUAAAAAGUUCUUUAAGGAAAAACAGUAAUGCUCUGCAUAGUUUACUGAAACGAGUGGUCAGCACAUUUAGUAAGGACACAGGAGAACUUGCAUCUUCGUUCUUGGAGUUUAUGAGACAAAUUUUAAAUUCUGACACAAUGGAACAUUCAAAAGAUGAUGACAAUCUGGAUUCUUUGUUGGACAAUAUAGUUGGACUUAAGCAGAUGCUGGAAUCAUCAGGUGAUCCUUUACCACUCAGUGACCAGGAUGUAGAACCAGUACUUUCAGCACCAGAAUCUCUCCAGAAUCUGUUUAACAAUAGGACUGCAUAUGUGUUAGCUGAUGUCAUGGAUGAUCAGUUGAAAUCUAUGUGGUUCACUCCAUUCCAGGCUGAAGAGAUUGAUACAGAUCUGGAUUUGGUAAAGGUUGACUUAAUUGAUCUCUCUGAAAAAUGCUGUAGUGACUUUGACUUGCACUCAGAAUUAGAGCGUUCAUUUUUGUCAGAACCAUCAUCUCCAGGGAGAACCAAGACUACCAAAGGAUUCAAACUUGGGAAGCACAAGCAUGAGACCUUUAUAACUUCAAGUGGAAAAUCUGAAUACAUUGAACCUGCCAAACGAGCCCAUGUUGUGCCACCACCAAGAGGAAGAGGCAGGGGAGGAUUUGGACAGGGUACACGACCCCAUGAUAUUUUUCGUCAGAGAAAACAGAACACAAGCAGACCACCAUCUAUGCAUGUGGAUGACUUUGUUGCAGCUGAAAGUAAAGAAGUGGUCCCUCAAGAUGGAAUACCGCCACCAAAACGGCCACUCAAAGUAUCACAGAAGAUUUCUUCUCGGGGGGGGUUUUCAGGCAAUCGAGGAGGACGUGGUGCUUUUCACAGUCAGAAUAGAUUUUUCACACCGCCUGCUUCAAAAGGAAACUACAGUCGUCGAGAGGGCACAAGAGGCUCCAGUUGGAGUGCUCAGAAUACUCCUCGAGGAACUUACAAUGAUAGUCGUGGAGGCCAGAGCAAUUUUAACAGGGGUCCUCUUCCACCAUUAAGACCACUUAGUUCUACAGGCUACCGCCCAAGUCCUCGUGAUCGUGCUUCCAGAGGUCGUGGGGGACUUGGACCUUCCUGGGCAAGUGCAAAUAGUGGCAGUGGAGGCUCAAGAGGAAAGUUUGUUAGUGGAGGCAGUGGUAGAGGUCGUCAUGUACGGUCCUUUACACGAUAAAAAUUCUCUUGGGAACAUCCUAAAUGUGUAUGAACAUUUCAUGAGGACAAUAAAAAUAAGACAUUGAAGGACCAAUUUAGACUUAGCAGUUAUCUGAAGACAUCUGAGAGAAUAUUUUUAUCUGAAGAAAGCAGAUUUUGUUUGAUACCUAACACAAGAUUUCAAUAAAAAUCCAAACUUUUUAUGUAUGUUUGUAUAUAUUUCUUCCCCUUCUUGUAUGACUACUUAUUUAAGAAAUUCCUUAGAUAGGAAGUGAAAAACUAAAUGAUUUUUGUUUUAGUGUAUUUCUUGACUAUAGGCCACAGAGGUUCCCGAAGUUUCUUGGCUCAUGAAACCCUUUAGGGUCUCAGUAAUUUUUUCACAGCACACCCAGGCCAAAAGAUAUAUCUAAUACUUCUGUUUAGUAAGCAGCUUGGCCCAAACAGUAAGAAUUUAUGUCUUAACAGCUUAGCCAGCUGGAAAAAUAAUACACAUAAAUUAAAAGAACAGUUAAAUUUCUGUUUCCUUCUUAAUAUAACCAGUAGUAAUUGUGGACAACUUCUCAAACCUUGGAAUCAAGAUUGGAUGCUGUCUCAUUUCCUGUUCCACCUUGAUUUUUGCACAGUACUUUUUAUCACACUACUGAAACCCCAGCUUUGCAAAGAUAAGCUGUCAUGGAAAGGAAUAUAACGCUAUUUAAUGUUGAAAAUGUGAACUACCUCAAGCUAGUAGUUUGAGUGAUGUCCAACAGAUGUUUCUAUGUUUCCGUCAAAAAUAUCUUAUGGCGUCCAUGUGAAUUUACUAGAGUGCCCUGGUGCACCCUUUGGGAACCAUGACUGUACCAAAAGAAACAUGACACUUUUCUCCUUUAAGUUAGAAAUAUUCAUUUACUCUGUGUCACAGAUUUAUAUCUAUCUAUACUAU